AUGGACUUUGCGGAGAUACAGACGUCCCGGUUUUCAGGCCUGGAUGCACUCGCUAUCAACGCUGUGAGCAGCAUCAUUGGAUUCGUUUCGCUCUUUGUCUUCUACAAGGCACUGGCCAGUCCUUCUCAGGGCUUCUCGAACGUCUUCAGGCCUUUCUUCAAGCGCUAUCAAGCUUGGGCGUAUGGACUCAACUGGUUUGACCGCCGCUGCACCGAGGGCGUUGGGUUCAUUCGGGCUCUACGGACGCUUUUGACAAGUAAUUUGUCUACGACCCUGCCGGAUCUGAGCUGUAUUAUCCGGACGAGGUUUGAGGAGUUGCAUGCUGGGCAUACAGAGGUUGAUGGUGUAAAACACUCGCCCGCAUACCACAUGAUUGUUGAAUUAGUGGUUCUGUCUAACGCUGUAUCAUUCUUUGGUAAAGACCUUGCGAAAGAUGAGCAGUUCAUGACCUCAGCACUCGCAUAUACUGAGGAGACCGUAGUGUGCGCGGAAAUGGCCCGUUUGCUGCCCAAAUUCAUGACGCCGUUAGUUAUUGUUGGAGGCAUCAUCGCUCGCACAAUCAAAUCACAUGAAGCCAUCUACAAUCGACUGGUCCCUAUCGUCGAGCAACGCUGUCUCGAGAGGGAUCUCGCGAAUUUGGGACAACCUGUCACUAUACAUAUUGCAUACAAUGAAUUAUGGAAACAUCGCCCAAGAAUGCCCCUUGGACAGCACGACGCUUGGUACAAGCCCAUGGCCAUAUGGUUUGGAUCAGUACAUGCUGUCUCCACUACGGUUGCCUUUUCUAUCUAUGUUUUAUGCCUCCAUCCGGAGUACGUGGACCCUCUUCAUAGAGAAUAUUAUGCCCAAUACGCCGAUUUUGAGCAUACAGAAACUGGAGGUUAUCCUCGGUCAGAUCAUAAUGAAUUACAAUUGUGA